UCACCAAAAGUUGGAAGAGCGAUGAGGAGUUUCGCCACUGAGCAUGUUCGGCUACAGUACUGGUAAGGCGGGCCGGUGUUGUCUGACUGCAACAGUCGCUUUAUUUCUGCGUAGAAAUCGCUCAAGACAGUGGCCCACGAUCCACAGGUACGUGCAUCACGACCGUAAAGACUGCGCAAUAAUGGAAUUACCGAAAGUGGUCGAAAUACUGGAGCGCAUCGCACCGCCAUCGACGGCGGCGUCGUGGGACAACGUCGGUCUGCUGGUCGAGCCUAGCGGUACGCCUGUCGUGAAGAACGUCUUUUUCACGAACGACCUCACGCUGCCAGUGAUGGACGAAGCGGAAGAGCGAAACGCUCAGCUGAUCGUGUCCUACCACCCGCCCAUCUUCGCGCCACUGCGCGCGCUUCGUCAGUCUCAGUGGAAGGAGAGGCUUGUGAUCCGCUGUAUCGAGAGGGGCAUCGCGAUCUACUCGCCGCACACGGCUUGGGACGCCGUCGACGGAGGGGCCAACGACUGGCUAGCCUCGUGCCUCGGCUCAGCUUCGACUACGGAACCGCUGACAACCGACGGCGCGGGCCGGAGGCUAUGUCUGGACCCUCCCGUGACCCUGGAAGAACUAGCAGUGCGGCUCAGAACGCACGUGGGUGCGUCCAAAGUGCGGCUGGCGCUGGCCGUGCGGCACACCGCGACCUCUGCCAUCUCGAGCGUCUCCCUGUGCGCGGGCUCCGGCAUUUCCGUGCUGCGCGAUGACUUCGACGAUGCCGAACUGGUAAUCACGGGCGAAAUGUCGCACCACGACAUACUGGACGCCACGCAAAGGGGUGCCUCUGUUUUGUUGUGCGAGCAUGCAGUAUCCGAACGCGGUUCGCUUGUGCGAUUGGCUAAGCGAAUGAGCCGAGAGGCACCCGACCUCACUGUGAUCAUUUCGCAAGCAGACACUGGACCACUUCAACUCGUCUAAUUUUCUUUUAUUGUCGCUACUUGACCGGUUUCAUGUGCCACAGGCCGUCGUUGAGGUAGUGCACGUUCUCCACGCCGAUACCCUUGUUGAUACUCGCUCUGCAAGCACAAGCAGAAUAACAUUAGUAACAUUUGGAACCUAAAGUGUCGGACUAGAGCACGCCAAAUACAGUGCAGCACUUGGCUGACAUAAUUAUUGGAGAUGCUUGCAUAUGAAAUUGAGAUUGGACUAAAUGUUGUCCGGUCGGGAUGUAAUGGCAUGGUAGAAAUAAAAACAUUGAACGCCGACCAAAAAGGUGUUGUCGAAAAUGUAAUGACGUUUCAGGUGACAUUUUGCCCGUGAUUACCAGUCCAGCAGAGUGAACAAGACUUCUGUGUGGAAGCCAAAACGUCACUAUAUUUUUUGACAACACCUUUUUGGUCAGCGUUCAGUGUUUUUAUUUCUGCCAUGCCUGCAUAUGCGGUGUUCUUGUUUGGCCUCAGCGAUACCAGCCAAUGCUACCAUGUGCACGAGUGGAAUAUUAUGCCGUUUGAGGUGUACCCAUCUUUAAUGCGACAGAGUGCUGUGCCAAGCAGAAACGUCUAGUGAUGAUAUUUCACUUGUAGAUACAAUGCAUUCUUAACAGCGGCUUGAAACAUAACGAAACACUUACAUGUCAUCCGUAGACAUUGUUGUAAAGCCAACAGCCAACGAGUGCUCCUUGCCUUCGGCCAUGAUUGCCUAAUGAACGGUCAAGGAAUACAGCGACAGUACCCACAAUUGUUAACUGAAGUCUCAGCAUAAGUUUUCACCAGUUUCCUUC